AUGUUGAAGACACUGAUCGACAAUAUGACCACCUGUAUCAAGAUGAUUGCGUUGCUGUUAUAGCUAUCAUUCUUGGUCACGUAAAUUUGUGCGCAUGCCUUUGUUUGAUAUAUUCGGCAUUCUCAAGGUGGCGUGCAAGUUCUUUAUCAAUAUCAACUCGUAUUCCAUUAUAUUUCAGUAUUCUUGAAGUAUGCCAAUCUUUCAAUAUAGGAGGAAUUAGCAAUUCGAUUUUAUAUUUGAUGAACGAAGGCAUCCCAAGUCACGAUAAUUUGCGUCCAAUUUCGGAACGAAUACAUACAACAAUCACAACAAAAAUAGAACGUCUAUCUACUUUUAAUACCUCGACAUUAAGUAUUUCUCCAAAGUCUAUUACUGUACCAAUGGCUGUUUUUAUUCCAUCUAUAUUCAAUCCAGAUAAUCCUACUUUCGGUUGUGAUUCUAUUUAUGGAAUUAAUUUAAAUAUUGACGACUAUAAUGAAAAACAGCAACAAUCCGAUAGAGAUAAGAAAAAUAGAUAUCUAUCUGAUACUGAUAGUUCUAUUCAAACUGAUACAUCCGAUAUCGAGGAAGAAAUUUACUUAGCAAUAAGACGUUAA